AUGAUACAAGUCAACGACGCUCAGACAGAAUUUCUUGGUAGCUUCGACAUCAGCGAAGAUCCGAAUCAUACGGGCCUUUCGAACACGUUCAUUGAUUCGAAUUUCAAAAAGAUAGUACUUCAUCCAAAAGAAAUUCCGCCAGAGGAUCAAGAAGAGAUGAUUGCCACUCUAUUAAGAACAAAACCUAUCCCGGAAAUUGCGCAAAGAGAAAAACAAAUAAAACAGGAAAUUGCUAUCGAGGAAGGUUUGGAUGAUCUUGAGAGGGAUGCCAGAAAGGACAUGAAUGAUGAAACAAAAUGGGAAAGAUUACAAAAAGAAUGGCAAUCACGGUAUAACGAGCAUAAAGAACUUGUAAGGACUGCAUCAGCGUUUUGUGAGGACACUAUCGAAAAAAUGGAAAUUAAAUUUCGAAUAGAGCCCGAAGAGGAUGUCAAGAUUAAAAAAGAGGACACUGGAACUCGAGCUAAUUUGACAUUGGAAAAUGUACUUGAAUUCAUGUCAAGUGGAUUUCAAAAUGGAAAAGGUCCUGUUGCCUCUUAA